AUGAUGGUUGUGUGUGCAGCGGCAGCUGUCCGGUUCUUGAUCCUGUUUAUAACGAUGGCUCUCUGCAGCCUCCCUCUGCUCGGAGCCAGCGCCACCUUGAACUCAGUUCUCAUCAAUUCCAACGCGAUCAAGAACCUGCCCCCACCGCUGGGUGGUGCUGGGGGGCAGCCGGGCUCUGCUGUCAGCGUAGCGCCCGGAGUUCUCUAUGAGGGCGGGAACAAGUACCAGACUCUUGACAACUACCAGCCCUACCCUUGCGCAGAGGAUGAGGAGUGUGGCGCUGAGGAGUACUGCUCCAGUCCCAGCCGCGGGGCAGCCGGCAUCGGAGGCUCACAAAUCUGUCUGGCUUGCCGAAAGCGCAGGAAACGUUGCAUGAGGCACGCUAUGUGCUGCCCCGGGAACUACUGCAAAAACGGAAUAUGCAUGCCAUCUGACCACAGCCAUUUACCUCGAGGGGAAAUCGAGGAAAGCAUCGUGGAAAACCUUGGCAAUGACCACAAUGGCGGGGAUGGAUAUCCCAGAAGAACCACACUGACUUCAAAAAUAUAUCACACCAAAGGACAAGAAGGCUCUGUCUGCCUCCGAUCGUCGGAUUGUGCCGCGGGGCUGUGUUGUGCAAGACACUUCUGGUCCAAGAUCUGUAAACCUGUCCUUAAAGAAGGUCAGGUAUGCACCAAGCACAGGCGGAAAGGCUCCCACGGGCUAGAGAUAUUCCAGCGCUGUUACUGUGGGGAAGGUCUGGCUUGCAGGAUACAGAAAGAUCACCAUCAAGCCAGCAAUUCUAGGCUCCACACCUGCCAGAGACACUAAACCGACAGCCGAAAUGUGAUGGACUCUUUUAUCUAAUAUAUGCUACGGAAAAUCCUUUAUGAUUUGUCAGCUCGAUCCCAAGGAUGUAGGA